GGAGUCAAGGGCCGCUCCGAAGAUGUACUUGGACGUGAAUGGCCACAAUGCUUCGAGAGAGGGGUUCGAGACCGUGGAAGACGGGAGUGUAGGAGAUCUGGCGGAGGGCGAAGGGUGAGUGCGGUGAGUGCGUUCGAGAUGUCUGCAAGCCAGCCACCAGGAAAUGAGCACUCCGCAAUAGAGAUGUUCACGACCAGAGAAAGCAAGUCGGAUCAUGCCGAUUAGCGAAGGCCGGGGGAUCUAAGAUGAGGCGUAGGCGGAAGAGGGAGGAGACCGAGACGGAAGCGAUUGACAAGAGAUGCCAGUGAGAGAUGAAGCUGCGCUGCGCUGCUGAGCUGCUGGUUCCUGAAAGUCAUGACGUCGCAAGUCUCAAAUGUGCGGAUCAUGCACCACGCACCUUGCACUGUCCACCACCAUCAACACACCUCUUUAUGACCAUGCAACAGCUCUCUGCCCAGGUCCAAUGGUCUUCCUCUCUCUGGAUAUCUCUUUUUGAUGGACAGCACUCCGUUCCACCACGACGUCGAGCAACAAAGCUCGACUGCGACCUCCUCCAUGGCACAGAAGCCCUCCAAUUCCCAGCAUCACGCUGGCCGCAAGAAGGUUCUCAUUGUUGGCGCCGGUGCUGCUGGAAUGUCCACUGCCCACCAUCUCUCCCAACAUCCUGACAAAUACGAUAUAACCCUCAUCGACGCCGUCGACUAUUGCGGCGGUCAAGCCUUCUCCUGUCCCCUCGACAAGGAUCGCCAUGGAGCCAGCUGGUUCAACCAAGGAGUUCAGGGCGGGAGCUACAUCUUCCACCACACGUUGACCAUGUUCGCACGACAGGGAUAUCACGCUGACCCGGUCAAUCUCCAAGUUUCAUUUGGCAAGGACAAGACCUUCUGGACCAACGUCUUCCCAACCGACCUGUUGGCUCGGCAUCAGAGGGAGAUCAAACGCCUCCAUUUUGCCCUGAAAGUCAUGCGCUGGUUCGAGAUCUUCUUCGCAUUGAUUCCGAUGAAGCUCUUCUUCAAGCUGUGGUUUUUCUCAGAGGAGUUCACCAACACUGUCGCCUUACCGAUGGUGGCACUGUUUCUAGGGACAGGCAAUGAAGCCCCCAAUGUUCCCUCGAUUAUGCUUGAGAGAUUGUGCACAAGCCCUACCUACGGCAUGUGGUAUCCUUAUGACCCAACCAGCAUCGCGACCAAUCAUCCUCCGAUGGUCGUCUUUCCCAACUUCAGCGAAUUCUAUGAAACCUGGCGCAAAGAUCUUAUCUCGCGCGGCGUAACGGUCCGCCUUUCGACUGAGCUGGCGGCUAUCCUCCACCGCUCAAGGUCCAGUGGCGUGGUGGUUUCUUUGAAACAGCGCACGCCGGCGCCUGACCACCACAACCCCAUUGGCGACGACCGGGAUGCUCCUACGUUUGAGGAGCACUACGACGAACUCGUCCUUUGCUGCCUUGCCGAUACCGCUAAGCGCCUCCUCUCAUCCACUUCGUCCUGGCGCGAACGCAAAGUCCUCGGCUCUGCCAAGUUUUCCGACGACAUCACCAUCACGCACACCGACUCGGCCUAUAUGAAAAAGUACUACCAAAACUUCUACUCCGAAUCUCUCGCCGUAAGAACCCUCGGCGGCCAGGACCAGUCAUCCCGCUGUGACUUCGCGGCCACAAAUUUCCGCCCGAUGUACUACAUCAAGAUGUAUGACCAGGACCGGUCAAAGCUGGAGAUGUGUUUUGAUGCCAGCAACUAUCAGCCGCAGUUUCCGGACAAGGUGCCCUUCGAAGACCACGUUUUCCAAACCAUCUUCCUCAACAAAGACCGAGACGGGCACCUGUGGAGCGACGGCGAGAUAGACGAGAGUAAGAUUAUCAGGAAGGAUUGGUGGCACCAACUGUGCCAUUCGUACACGCAUUACCUGUUCGUGGUGCCGUGGAUGAUGUUCCUCCAGGGCCAAAGGCGGGUCCGAUACGCCGCGAGCUGGACGCUGGUCAACGCGCACGAGGUCGCCAUCAUGGCCGGCAUCGCUGCCGCGGUCGACCUGGGCGCCGAGUACCCGGAGGACCUGGAGCACGACAAGUUCGCCUUCCUCAGCUUCUGGCUGUACUAUCUGCUGGCGUACGGCAAGUGGUAUCGCCGACGCUAUACGGCCGCCGCGGCGAAGAGCAAGCGCGCCGGCGAGGAGAGCGACAGGGCGAAACAGGGAAAGAGCUGGGCUAGUGGCUUGUACGGGAGUGUGUACAGCGGCCCCGGCGUGACCAGGGAGGAGAGGACGACGUGGCGGGAGGAGAUGAAGGUCGGGAGGAGCACGGGGAAUCUGGCGCAGGGGAAUACGCAAGGCAGGAGUCAGCCUUGAGUGCGCAGGACAUCUCGAUUGAUGCGCAAAGAUUCAUGUUCGGUCAUGGGGCCUGUACGUGUUGAGCCACUCUAUGUUUCUUUGGAUAGAAGGCUCAGAGCAAGGAGUAACGUCAUGUUUCGUGGGGAAUCGGGUCAUUUUGGGAGUCUGCAUGUCGCCUGGUAUAUCAUUGGUCUGGGUCUACCUUGACUAGCUGCGUCAUAACGCGGGAAGCUCAUUGAAAGCACUUGUUCGCUCGAGGGGAAUAUUCAAACUCAUUUUCAACCGC